CUUUCAUGAACCGCCGACAAUGCCGUCGAAGAAGAUUGGGCAGGGCGUUUCUGUGAGCGAGAAGGAGGUUCAUCCGACGUACGAGGCGUUUGAGCAUACGCAGAUCGGGGAUUCGACCAGGCUACACCUCCGUUCUGGAAGCGUCUCCGGAUCAGACUUUGAGUACGAGUGUGUUGGCGGCACCAAGCUCUCCUACGGCGAGAUCAUCGCCCUCGCAGGCGACUUCUACGGCGACCCAUCCGAAGCCAUCGUCGAAAGCCCAAACCCGCACUCCUGGCGCAAGCAGUUCACCUCAAACGUCGAAAGCCUGCUCCAAGACACAGACAAGUACCUCUCCAAAAUCACCUCAGCCCUCCGCUCCCAACAACAAACCAUCCGCGACGGUACCAAGCGUGGUGUUGAUCCCGCCACCACAGCGACCUUGAACGACGCUAAAUGGACGACGCAAUAUACGUUGGCGACACGUGGUAUGUAUCUCCGCCUCGCAUGGUCAAACUAUGAUCAUUUCGGACAAGAAGCCGUACACGCCUACGAGACCGGCCACUCCCUCGCUCUCACCAUCGCCGCCUCCGCAGGCCGCGCCUCACCUCCAAAUAUCGAACAACUCCGCCAGGCGUAUGCGUACGAAGCUUUCGCUGCACACUUCCUCACAGACCUAUUCUCUGCUGGACACUUACGCACUCCACGCCGUCUCCUCUCCGGCGGCCUUUGGACAAAUUUCUUGUCGAAGGACAUGCAUGACGAGGAAGACCGUGAUGGAUUACGUGUAGUGAAUGGGGAGAGUGAGGAGUGGAUGGUGUAUGGGGAUAAACACCUGAACAGCAAGAAGGGAGAGGAGAAUUUGAGGAGGGUUGGGGAUGCGGUACAGGCCAGUGCUGAUGAGGUUUUCGCGGCCUUCAAUCAAGAAUGGUCGGCGUUGGACUUGGAUUAUCAGUCUGCGGAAGCUGGGCCGGGGAGGAGGAGGUAUCGUGCACUUACGCUCGCGCCCGAUCUCAAACAACUUGCGGAUCCGUAUGACACAGCUAAUCCAGCCCCGCUUUACGCCGUCCACCUCACCAAAGACAAUCGUUGGGAAUUAACGAGACGUGUUAGUGUGGCUGAUAGGAGCGAUUAUCGCAGGGUUGUUGUUGGGAUGUUCUUCGGGCCUGGGGCCGAUUUUGUGGUUAGUUUGCCGUUGCAUUUUGGGGUUGGGUGGAGUUUGUCUAGGAUGGUCAUGCAUGGCCCGGUCAAGCAGGAGAUAAGUGGGGAGGGGGAGAAGGAGCAAGAGAAUGAGAAGGAGGAUUAUGUUAAGGUGUGAAUGUGUGAAGAUGGUGUUGGAGGAUUGUAUGAUUAUCGGCUGCUAUGGCGUUAGAGGCCGUGUGAGCUCGCAGGUUGAGCUGUGCUAGGAUGUGGAGUUUGCUAAGGAG